GGCUUCUACCCGCCUAGUUUGAACGUUUCUUACACCGAAUCGCAAAGAUUUCAAGACUACGGCGUCAUUGGCCGGUUGGUCAAGGAAUGGGAAGAUGCCGCAAAAAUUCCCGAACAUCUGAAUAUACAGAAUUAUCAAUUGAGAUUUGGUGUGGUAUUGGCGAAAGAUUCAGGCUUUGUGAAGGCUCUCUAUCCAUCUCAUCGCUUCGGUCUCGGUGGCCCUGUCGGCUCUGGUCAACAGUGGAUCUCUUGGGUACACCUGGAGGAUCUCAUCCGGGUUAUGAACAUGUUACUGACUCGCGAACAUCCUAUUCCCAGUGGUCCCAUCAAUCUCACGGCUCCAUAUCCUUGCAGGCAGUUUGCUUUGUCCAAGGCAUUUAGCGAGGCAAUCGAUGCCCCGAAACUACCGUACGGUCCUCUCACAACUCCUGCGUUUGUCGGUCGUUUGAUGCUCGGAGGUGAUCGGGCCACACUUUUGCUGGAAGGACAACGUGUCAUCCCGAAAAAAUUGCUAGACUCUGGCUUUCAGUUUAAGUACUCCCGUCUGGAAGAUGCACUGGAAUCCUUGUUUAAGAGAAGACCAAGUGCAGUGCCGAUAGACUGAAUAAGUAGCAAUUUGAAACCUGAACAUUUUCGUCAGUGUCUGCAUAUCACUUUUCCUUUUUGUAGAGAAAACUCUUUGUAAUUUAAUGGAACUUUCUUAGCUAGUGUGCAGGACAAUCUAAAUAUAGUUACUGUCAAAAAUAAACUGCUAUCCG